GUUCUACAUUUUUGUUGUGUUUUUCAAUUAUGUUGUGUUACUAUAUGUUUUGUCUUUUAUAUUUUUAUUGUGUUGUGUUUUGUAUUAUGUGUGUUAAUUAAAAAAAAAAUUUAUAAAAAAAUAAAAAAAACUGAAAAUAUUAGUUUUACUCCAUGUUAUGCUUCUGUAUAUUUUUUAUAAUCCUUGCUUGAAGUGAAAGUCCAGGUCUGAGAUAGGUUUUGAACUAGAAUAGAGAAAAUGACAGAUUCUCAAGACUGGAUGUAUGAUCUAGUCAAGUGUCUUCCCAAAUUCCUUGGGUUGGCACAUGAAGAUCCAUACAGGCACCUCAAGGAGUUUAGUUUGGUGUGUUUAUCUAUGAGACCUGCUGGUGUUUCCAAGGAGACAAUGUUGAUAAAAAUGUUUCCCAUGUCCCUGCAAGAUGAAGCAAGAGACUGGUUCAUAUACCAGUAUCCUUUUAAUAGUUGGCAGGAAACACAACAAAAAUUCUUUGACAAGUUCUUUCCAGCAGCAAAGGUGACCAGCAUUAGGAUGAAGAUCACUGCCAUUGAGCAAUUUCAAGAAGAAAGCCUGGCAGAUUAUUGGGAGAGGUUUAACAGGCUCUGCACAACUUGUCCAAACCACCAAUUUCCAGAGCAUUUGCUCUUGACUUAUUUUUAUGAAGGGCUCCUGGACAAUGAAAGGAUACUUGUGGAUGCAGCUAUUGGUGGAUGUUGGAUGGAUAUGACCCCAACAGAAGCGAGGAAGUUGCUCUGCAAGCUGACUGGUGAAAGUCCAAUUGAGGUAGCAAAGGAAGAACCUGAGCAGCUUGUUCUGGAUUCUGACACUGAUAGCCCUGAGGAUGCAGCUGAUAACUUGGAGUUUGGUAAGAAACUUCUCAGUGAGCAAAAACAGGUUUAUUCUGAACCUGAGAUUCCAAUUUUACCAGAUUUGCCUACACAUUCAAAUGCAUGUGAUUUGACGCACACUGAUUCUAUAGGGUUUAUGACUGAUACUGAUACAAAUUUGAUUGACCAUUCUAAAAUUUUUAAUUCAGUGUCAGCCAUUGAACCCAUUAGUGAGAGUAGCGUCAAUAUUAAUUUUGAAAGAAAAACUGUGCAAUCUGAUGACUUUACAGAGUUAGGAUUAAACUUUGAUUUAGCACAGUUUUCUGAAAAUUUUGAAUGUGACUGUGAAUCUGGUUCUUGCUCCAUUUGUGCUGAAAUUGAUUAUGCAUUACAGCCAAACUCUAAGUUUAUUACCGAUGCUAUUAAUUGUGAGUUUGAUGACAAGGAUGCAGAGUUAAAAGAGAAUGCAGGUGCUGACAUUAAGAAAUUAAUGAUUACUGAAGAAGAGUAUACUGCUAUGAGAAGAAAGAAGAAACAUUUUGUUGCGGAUGAUAGGGCAAUACUGAUGACACAGUUUCUCUUAAUAUUUUCUCUGCUGAAUCAUGUGAUGGAAAGCAUAUCCCUGAUUGUCCAAAUUUGGCAACACCCACCAUAACCAGGGAAGUUUUCCUAUUCCUUCUUCCCUUAAUUUUCUUAGUUUAUGAAUUUGGGGGGAGAUUCUGAUAACUUGUUAGUUUUAAUCUGUGUUUAUGUUUGGUGUGUUUUUUUUUUUGUUUUAAAAAAAAAAAAAAAAAAAAACAAAAUUUAAAAAAAAAAUGUAUGUUCUCUUUCACGUGUGUUAUUUUCUUUAUGUAUGUAUUGUAAAUAUGUGUUUUGUCUGUUGUUUUUUUUUACAUUUGCGUUUUAUAUGUUUUAAUUUUUUGUGUUCGAUAUUAGGUCUUUUGUUUUGUUAAAUUAUGUGUUCUGUUUUUAUUUAUUUUUUUUAGUUUUUUUUGUUAUAAUAAUAAAAAAAAAAAAUCAGAGAGUAAAGUUGCUGUAAUAGGGCAGAGUAUAUAGUUUGUGCUGAAGUACUAAUUUGAGUGCAUUUAUUAAUAAUAAAAAAAACAAUGCAAAAAUACAUAAAAACAUAAUAAUGAUGUUCGGGGUUCGAUCAUUUCUGAUCGUUAAUAUUACAAACCAUAUAAAAAAAACAUAAAAAAAAUUAAAAACAUAAAAACAUAAAAAUUAAUUGUCCAUAUUACAGUCCUCAUUAAUAUUCUGGCCACACUCGGCCAUCAAAAACAUAAAAAAAAAAUAAUAAGAAAAUAAAAACAAAUUCAACGAAAGAAUUGUCGAGCUGGUUGUGGUGGUCUAAGGGAGAGCUCCGUUGAGGGAGCUCUGGUACGAAAAGUCACGAGCGGAGGCGAAGGAAUCUCUGUUUCUGGAUCGAUUAUGAUGGGAAUGGGGAAGAGGUCCAGCAGCCUCGGUGCCCUCAUUAUUACCCAGUCGUAUUCUUUCAACCAAAAAAAAAAAUUGUGUUAAUUUUAAUAGAAAAAAAAAAAUUCAAUAAAAUUGAGAUCUGAUGAGAGUUCUUACCAUACAUGUACAGCGGCAGUUGUGAAAACUGAGUGCCAGUGGGGUCUAUAUCCGCUUGCCAGCGCCUGACCCGAUUGCCGUGGUUGUUGAACCAGCAGUGCACGUUGUAUUCGCUGGCAUCUCCGAAGGUCCUUAGUCGAGACGUGAUCUCGACGAUUUGCGCUCGGCUUGGAUGAGUGACCCCAUAAUUGAAGAUGUUGGUCAUCAUCUUGACCUGAUCAUCUGUUGGACGCCACCGCUGACUUGUGUAUCUCUCGAUUUCCAUCUCGCUCAUCAUAUUCUAAAACAUGGAAAAAAUGAAAAAAAAAAAAAAAUAAAAAAAAAAAACAAAAACAGAAAAAUAAGAAGCAUAAAAAAAAAUAUUAGAUUAGUCUGUGUUUUCUUUAUUUGUUGUUGUUUCCUUUUAGAUUUAUUUUGUCCAGUCUGUAUUUGAUGUUUCAGUGUCUGGUCUUUGAUCUGUUUCACGGUCCUUGCAAAGGGGUCCUAAACGAAUCUACGUUCAGUUGUCCUUGUCCAUGUCAUUCAUGUUAUUAUGUUUUUGUGUUUUAUUUUUAAGUGGGGUACGUGGCGUUGUUCUACCCGAUUGUCUCUGCCAUACCUUCAAUCGAAGGGAGAUUAACGUCUGGUUUCCAGCCGAUAUACCCCUUAAGUUUUUUUGACAGUUGUGUUUUAUGUGUUUUUCUUUUAAAAAAAAAAUAAAGCAGGAAAGCAGGAAAGCAAGAAGGUAAUAAUAGCAGAAAAAGCGGUAAAGGGAGGAAAGAAAGGAAAGAAGAUAGAUCGGCAGAAGAAGAAAAAUAAAGGAAAGCAGGAAAAUGGAAAAGAGGGAGAGCAGGCAAGAGGUCAGAGAAGAAAAAAUGGAAAGCAGGAAAGCAGGAUGGUAAUAACAGCAGAGAAGCAGAAAAGGAAGAAAUAGAGAUCCAAGGUGCAGAGAACUUACCUGGAGUAGUAGGCUGGCAGAGGAGCUCCUCGCUGAUCUCGGACUCUUCAGAUGGCACGGUGACAGAGCUUCCUCGCAGAUCCAGACGCUCGAGAAGAGAGAAGAGAGGAGAGCAGAGAGAGAGGCUAGGUGAGGAAAUGGCGCUCUGACGCUGAGGAGUACUUGUGGUGGCUGGAAUUGAUCAUUGGACAGUGCUAAGACUCUCCGCAGAGUGUUCACAAGAAGGAGAGCUCAAUGGAUUUUGCAUUGAUUUAUUUUGUGUGUUAAAAUAAAAAAUUUGAUUUAGAACUCCUACACACCACACAGCCUUAAGAAUACCAGCCACCACUCCACGGUUUUAUUUUCCCAUUCAAGGUUUUAUUUUGGCAUUUAGUUGAUACUUUGGAACACAUCACGUCUGGGAGGAAUUCAAAAAUGAAAGUGAAUUUGUUGAAAUAUAACACACGGCCCACCUAGCUUUGAAAAAAAAAGAAGAAGCCUUCAACCUUUGGAGAGAAGCACGUACACACCUUCUUUUGUUAUUAUUACUCUUGUAAAAGAUUGAUUGAAGAAAGAAUACGUGCAAGGUGUUAAAGGAGAUAACAAAUGCUAAAAUAUGGGGUCCAUUCACCACUAAAAAAGCACUCUAGCAAAACUCACGGAACCAAGAAGUUUUCUUCAUUCAUUUUGGCAAACAUACAUCAAGAGCAUACAUUUUGCAACAUGGGAACCACCAAACUCUCUUGUCUGGAACGUGAAUAUGAAGCCAUCAAUUUGGAAAGCUUCAAUUAAAUUAAGUGGCAGCUCACAUCUCACGGCCCACAUGGAAAAAUCUGAAUGGUUUUCUCCAUUUUAUUUUUGGCUAGCACAUGGUCCACCACUCACGCUUUUUAACGUUUAUGGCUUGUAAAAAUUGAAGACAAUUGGAGAUUGGAACGUAAGGAGUGCAACUGGCUGGAAGGAUAGAGAAGCUCACGGUCCCUUUGGUGCAGCACACGUGCAGCAGUGGUGUUCUCCAUUCUAGCAAGCGAAGCAACUCCAUCCAGACGUCCAUAUUUCCAGCAUCCUCCACCAAACGCAGCAGUUCACGCAGCACUUGAAUGAAGAUGAGCAGCAGCAGCUCUUCCGUUCUUCAAAUGGAAGAAGCACCAUCCAGGAAGCAGCAACGUCCAGCAUGCAGCCCUUCACCACGGUCCAGCAGCGUGUGUGUGUUUGGAAAAGAAAGGAAGUGGUGUGUUGUCAUGGUGGCAUGAGAAUGGUAUUACGUCCAGGGGGAAGCAGCUGCCACGGUCUAAGUUGGAAUAUUUUAUUCAUUAGCAAUGAAGUGGUGAAGAGAAAUGGAAGGCUUUUUCACGUCCACAAGGAAACAAAAGUGGAAAAUUAAUUGAUCAAGAAAGUUGCUAAAAGACAAAAUUGAGAAAUGGUGCUGGAUGGCAAAGUCACGUUCAAGUGUGCACAAAAAGAGAAGUAACAGGAGUAGCUUCAGGAGCUAUAAAUUGGCAGAAUUUGGGGGCAGAGGGAUGAGAUUUGGGAAGCAGAUUUUAGUGGAUUUUAGGAGUAGUGUAGGAACUACCCACGUCUGGGAGGAGGCUCUUGCCUCUUCCUCUUCCAAAACUCUCUGUAUUUUAAUUUCAGUGCCAAAACGUAGUUUUCAUUUCUGAACGUGUCAUUUCAUUUUUAGUUGUACUGUUCAACGAAUUUAAUUUCAAGUAUUGAAUCUUUGAUGAAUUUUAUUUUCAUGUUAAGUGUUUUUAUUUUAUCUGUUAAAUUUUACCAGUAAUGAUUUUCCACACAGUUAAAUUC